AGUUGAAAAAGUGGUUAAAAGUAGAAGAGAAAGAUAUCGUAACGGCUCUAUUCUUCACUUUCAUCAUCCUAUUCCAAACCAUACCCCCCAUUUUCUCUUCUCACCUCCAUCUUCACAACAACAUCAUCAUGGAUAUGGAGAGAGGACCAAGAUACAACGCAUACGCUAAAUUAAGAGAAACAAAGCUUCAAAACAACUACCUAAGACUACAACAAUAUCAACAACAACAACAACAAGAAAAUGAGAUACAAGUUGAAACAAAAAUUCCAACUCCACCAACAAAACAAGUCAAAUUUCAUGCUAGUGUUGUUUCUUCUGGGAGAAAAGGGUCUUCUCUAAUAGCUCAAUCUGUUCCAGAUUUCUCUUCAAUGUUACGAAAAGAGAAUCGUAAACCGACGAAUAUACCACAACCUAGUACUACUACUUUGACACCUCCUUUGAAGAACAAGAACAAAGGUUGUGUUGGUGGUGGUGGUGUUUUGUCAAGUUCUAGAGGGAAUAGUAGAUCAGCAAAUGCUGCUGCAGAGAAGAGAAAGGGUGGUGGAAUUCUUAUGGCAAGGAAAAGUUAUGCUAAUUUUGAUGAGCUUAGAAGUUUUUCUUCAGCUACUGCAAAUGCUAUCAAUGGUGAGGGUAGGAAUAGUAGAGUUGUGGGGAAGAAUAGCAAAACUGUUUUAAGAUGUAGAGAGCUUUGAGUUCAUUCAAAUUUGAUUGAUUUGUUCAAUUUAUUUAGUUUUGAGAGGCUUUGAUUUUAUGGCUUCAGCUAUUUUUAUAUUUUCAUCUUUUUCUGGUUUUGGUUUGCAAUUAAAAAAAAAAAAUUGGGAAAGGAGGAUUACUGGAUUUGCAGUAGUAUUUGUAGAGCUUUGUGUGAUUUGAGUGUUGGUUACUGCAACAUUACUGUAAUAAGAAUGAAGAAGAAGAAGAUGAAGAAUUUUCAUAUUCUAGUACUAGCACUAUUUUCCUCUGUUGAUUGGGAAGGAAAUUGUUUGUUGUAUUUUGAAUGAAAAUAAAUGAUUUUUUUUUAUUUCUUCA